CAGGUCACAUGCUCACUCGUCCACAAUUCGACAUUGCUUGUCGUGCCCUCGUCGGGAAGUAUGCCUACACAGCGCCCUCGCCAGCGACGACGCCAUUGAAAGGAUGGUCUUGGCAUGAGCAUGCUUCGAUAAAUGGACUCGGAUACCUGUCUCGAAGGACAAUACACACCCGCUUCUCAUGUUUUGGGACAGAUGAUGAAGAAUUGUACCGCGAAGAAUACGAAGAGCAGCAAGAUGAAUCAACUGCUACAGCUGUACCGGAUGCGACGCUGGUCUGCCAGCAGUAUAUCGUAUAUUCUGCGACAUAUCAAGUUCCUGCAUUCUAUUUUACCAUGCAUGAUUGCAAUGGCAGUCCACUGGCACUCGCAGAUAUUGUUAAUACAUCACUGUUCCGACCAUCUGCGUUUGAUAGCGCCGAGCUUACAACAUUCGCGCUGAACAUCCCUGAUCGAAUGUUUCCCCUCUUGUCGCAAGGAGACCACCCAACGCUAGGUACCCCCAGCUGGUACUUGCAUCCCUGCGAGAGCGCUGGUGCGGUGGACGAGCUAAUGAGGGAGCUAGGCGAGGCUGAAUGGACAACGGAAGAAGGGCUUGUCCGCUGGAUAGAAAUGUGGAUUAUGGUCGUUAGUACUGUUGUAGAAUUGUGUGAGUGAAACAAGGAGUUGGAGUUGAAUGAUAGGCAUGGAUCAUUGAUGAGCCAGAAAGCCCAAAUGGAGGCAAGGGUACCGGGCCCACGUUCUGAG